AUGAGGUCAAUCCCCCCAGUCGCCUUCCUUACUGGCCGAAUAGAGUCCAGGAUAAAAGUGCCGGCCGGUUUGGGGCUGUGGGCGGCGUUUUGGAUGCUUCCUUCCAAUACGUCGAGGGGGUUUUGGGCUGCGACGGGAGAGAUCGAUAUCAUGGAGUCGAUCAACGACAUGGACACAAUUCUGGGCACAAUCCACUAUGGAGGGGAAUGGCCGAUGAACCUCCACGCCGGCUGCGUGUCGUCGCAGCUGGGAACGGGUUUGGACUAUUCCAGUGACUACCACGUGUACGCCGUCGAGUGGGAGCAGGACGAAAUGCGCUGGUACGUCGACGACCAGCUUUUCUGCCAGAGAACCAAGUGGACGAGCAACGUGACGAGCAACGAGCCCUACCAAGCGCCUUUCGAUGCCGAGUUCGAGAUCAUCCUCAACCUUGCCGUCGGGGGCUCAUUGCCCGGGCGGGUUGUGGACGACGGCGCUUUCCCGGCCACUAUGCUGGUCGACUACGUCAGGGUUUACGACAUUACCACGGAUGUAGCCGAGGCCGAGCCUUUCCUGGGAGCGCCUGUUUGUCUCCCGGGCACCAUCCAGGCCGAGGCAUACGACACCGGGGGCCUGGGGCUAGGCUUCGGGGAUUCCUAUCCAGAAGGCACGUCUGGAACGUACCGUAUGGACGGGAUUGGAUUGGUCUACAGCGAAUCGGGCCGCACGUUCGUCGCCAACCUGACGGACACGGACUGGUUGGCGUACACCGUCAUGACGGAGGAUGCCGUCUAUGACAUCACGCUUCAGGUGUCGGCAACGGAGGCGGCCGAUCUAGAGCUCAUCAUCGGAGGUACGGGAGACGACAACAUCACCUGUGCCAACCCUGGCGAGGGCAGCCUAACGGGCGUGUUUGUGGUCGAUGCCACGGGAACUGGGUCGUGGGGCACGAUGGUGGUCUCGGAGAAGGCGAUGACGGGCGGAACAUACAGUCUCAAGCUGUGUGUCAAGGGAGGCGUGGGAAUCAGCGUGGACAGCGUCCGGUUUGACUUGGUGGAAGGAUCCGAGGCCUCCAGUCUCACGUCCGCCGAGUGCGCCACCAGUGGCCAAAGCAGACCGUACAUGUACGGCGAUCCGUGGGUCAUCCCAGGCUACAUGGAGGCGGAGUACUACGACUACGGAGGCAACGGGGUGAGCUUCUACAAGAACUCUCCCGAGUUAUUCUACGGCGACUCCACGUUGAGGCUGCCGGACGCCGUAGGCGUGUACGAGGCCGAGUCUAACCCUUCCAACGGGCACUACGUGGGCUACUGGGACACGGGCGAGUGGAUAGCCUUCACGGCGAGGGCGGACGAGGCGGCUUUCUGGGACGUCGGCGCGUCCGUAGCCUCGGGCCUUAACGGCACCACGGUUCAGUUCAGGAUCCUCGUGAACGCCACCAACUGCUCCUCCGCAGCAACCGACGGCCUCGACGGCCUGGGCGACACCGGCGUGGACCUCCUCAACGGGCCGCUCUUUGCCGGUUAUACGGGGUCCUGGGAGGCGUUCGAGAUGGUCUACAAGGAGGAGGUCUACGUGCCGGAGGGCACCCACCGCGUCCUCUUCUGCGCGGACGACGGCAUCUUCAACAUGAACUUCUUGAGGGUGUGGACGCCCACGCCGACUCCGGCGCCGACGAUGGCGCCGACGGUUGCCCUUACCGCCGCCCCCGUGGUGCCGAGCGACGAAGGCGUAGACACCAAGUGGAUCUACAUCGGGGUCGCUGGCGCGGUGGUGUUCCUGGCACUGUCGCGCCUGGGCUGCAUCAUCUACGGCAAGGAACGCUCGCGACGCCGCAAGCCGGACGACCUAGCGUCCGCCUACACGGCCUCCAAGGACAACAACGGCGACCAUGCCGCCAGAGGCGGCGGCGGCGGCGGCGGCGGGAAAGGCUUCGUGUUCGAAGCAACUCCUCCCAGCGAUUCCGGCGGGGUCGGAGGAGACGAAGCGUUCUUGUCGCGGCACGGUCGUCCGUCGGAUGGAGAGGCCGGGAAUGGUAGGCAUACUCCUGCCGUCGAGCCCGGGGGUCCGGCGGUGGUGCAACAACAGAACUACCGCAACCUCUUCUCGAGGGGGCUCAGCUCGUCCGCCUCCUUCCACGCCGACACCCCUACCGGGCCCAAGACGAAACCGAACGCCGCCGUUGCCGGGAGCCAGAGGGCGUCGAUACCGUCUCGAGACGCCUCCGCCGCCGCCUUCGCCACGACAGCUCCCCCCCUCGGCGCGUUCCGGUCGGCGACCGGGCGGCCGGCGGGGUCUUCCAUGACGUCGGUCGGGAGAUCAGCGUCGCCGCCGCUGCCCGUGGGGACGUCGACGGCGACGCCGUCUACUCCCAAGGGGGACUCGGCGGCGGCCCUUGGCAAGGACGGCGGAGGGGGGCAGCUGCCAGAGAGGCGACGUUGCGAGGCGCGAGACCAGUUCGAAGACGCGCUGAUCCGGGCCUUGGACAACAAGUGGGAGAGCGGGAGGCCGAUACACGGGGGCUACGGCAGCGACAGCGGCCGCGCUAGCCCCCCGCUGCCGCCGGCGGCGACCACCCCGUCCCGGUCGAACUCGAUCAACGAGGGGCCAAGCUCGAUGCUAAUGGCCGUCAAGACUUGGACCUGCGUGUGCACGUUCGAGAACAGCGUCGGGCAGACUGCGUGCUUGGGGUGCGGCCGUGUCGCUCCCCUCAACAGACCGACCACUCCGUCCCGAAGGCGACUUCCGCCGCAUAGGAUGAACUCGUCCAUCGCGCCCCCCAACCAAGACGACUACUGAAAGGCUUGCAAGGUGGAGUCGGGUUAUGGUAUUUGUUCUGUUUGUUUCGUGUGGUUUUGUGCGUGUACGGGCGCGUUUCGCGUUCAUGCGAUGUGGUGGCUGCUGCUGCGGGGGCAGAUGUGCUAGCGUGCCGGUCGAGCACGGCGUGGUGAACCGCUGUGUGACCACGCCGACUGCAGUCUCAUCAAGCCCGGUGGGGUUCCUUUUUCGCGAAGCCUCUCUCAGCUGUUGAGGGGUACAGGUCACUCAGGAUUUGUUUUUCGCGCCAAGUAUACGGUUUCGGCAUGAGGGCGAGAGAAAUGUUGUUACGUGGGGGUGCAGUUUUGCCCGACGCUUGGCUGGAUCCAAGGUCUCUCUCUGGCAUGAAACGAAGACAGCCCUAGAACGAUGACACCCCAAUCUGGGUUUCCGUAAGCCUGCCCGUGUGGUGGGUGGUAGAGGAUGAGCAUGCCCGUUGCUCUGCUGUUUUUUUUGUGCGGGCCAAAUUCUCACGACGCAUUUGUUCGGACGUUGUAGUUAAAGUUAUUAACAUAUCCCAGUGCUGCGGGGACCACGCGUCGAUGAGACCGACUGCUGGGUAGAUACGCUUGUCGGCAGGGCAUACUAUGAAUGCUUUGAGGGAUCCGAGGCCUUGGCCUCGGCCACUCAACGCUCACGCUGGUUCUAGAAACCGAGCAAAUGCAUUUGGUUGUUUCGAAGAGGAUGGGCAGACUCGAAUACCAUCCCGUUUCGGAACAGAGAAGCCGGCCGGCUCCAGUAGUCUCAGCAGCUGGGUUGUUUCGCUUGACCCACUUUUUGUUUUUGUUGUACUCGUGAGAUAUAUGUUGUUUGUACUGGUGUAGUCGACGAGCGCCGUGCAGUGGAGUUGCUGGCUUGGUUGCGCCUUGCAGCCACUAUUGCAUCUGGCCUCAAGCGGGCCAGCAUAAAACAGGGCCUUGUGAUGCCUAACAGUGUCGACAUCAAGCGUACGAUCGAUAGUUAGUUGUGUUGUGCGUGCCGCAUGCAUAUGAAAAGAGCAGGCCAGUAGUUGUUGCUAUUGGCCAUUGUGGGUCAUUCCAACGAAGCCACGCGAGCUUUCUUGCAUGUGACACACCCUGUGGUAGGUGCAGGAUGUACGGAGUGCGGGUUGGGGGUUUAUAGAGGGAUAACUGAAAGAUGAGUGGGGCACAAGCAGAGAGAAUACAGACGGCGAGAAAAUAACGGGUUGAUUUUGCUGCUCAAAGAAACCGGAUAUGUGGUCGCUGCUGAGGCGAGCCGUCCGAUCGAUUCUCCUUUCUUGAAUUCAGAUCUUUGCGCUGGACACAAGACGUUGAAGGUGGGGGGGGAGGGUUGAGACUGCGGUUGUUUUCGUUUUGCUUUGCACGAUACCCUAAGAUGCGGGUGAUAAAUAUAUUUAAUCUCUGACAAAUAAUUGGGACUUGGAGGGGGGGGGGGGGGGGGUUGAUAUCGCCUUCGAUAUGCUGUACUUGUUAACCACUGCUGUAGUUGUCUAGAUGUGCGUUGUAUUGUACGUGAUUUUUGUUGCGUGGUAUGCAUGUGUAUGCGUAUUUCUCUGUUAUUUUCUUCGUAAUUUGGAGGACUUGUGGUUGGUGCUUUUCGGCCUGUGUGCCGAUGAGUACUGCUGUGCGUGUGAUCGUUGAAAGCUUCCGGGCGGUUGGACAUCGUGCUUGCAUGCUCGUGUCCCUGCUGGCACGGCCCUGCGUGCCGCGCGAGCACCCCUUUCUGUUUUGAUGUCGA